AGAGAGAGAGAGCCAGAAAUGGGGACACCAACAGAACUGCUACAUGGAACUCUGCACGCUUUCAUCUUCGACGCCACAUCUCCGUCUUCGUUUUCAAUUUGCAGCUGUAUAUUUGAGGAUCAGCUAGAGCCAGCUCGCGUGACAAUCAAACUCGACCGCGCCAAGGUUGCAGAAACCAGCCAUGAUGCAGCACGCGAAUGGAACGUGUGUUUCCACAUACUAUGUGCUCAGAGGGCCGCCUUUAUCCGUAUCUCUCUGAAAACCAAGUCAAGAACCCUUGGGAGAUUGAUCAUACCCGUCUCUGAAAUCACCACGGGCACACCAAUCUCUGGCUUAUUCCCUCUCCAAACUGAGAGGGGAAAGACCAUACCUAAACUCAAGCUUAGAUUCAGCCUCCACUUCAAAUACCCAUAUAGAAACCCUCUAAAAGAGCCCAAGUUCCCAGCCUUAUCACUUACAACAUUCCCACAAAGAUCAAACUGUAAUCUCAGGCUCUACCAAGAUGCCCACACCAGCCAUGACUUCCCUUCAACCUACAAAGUGGGCAGGAAUCUAUGGGAAGAUGUGUAUAAAGCCAUUGAUGAGGCCAGGCUUUUGAUCUAUAUAACUGGGUGGUCUCUCAACCCUAAGACUGUCCUCGUGAGGGACCUGAAAACCUCCAUUCCUGAUGCAAUUGGCGUUUCAAUUGGUGAGUUGUUGAAGAGGAAGGCCCAAAAGGGUGUUGCAGUCAGAGUCAUGCUUUGGAACGACGAGACUUCUUUGGCCGUUCUCAGGAACAGUGGCGUUAUGCACACUCAUGACGAGGAAGCUUACAGUUUCUUCCAAGGCACCGAGGUCGUUUGCAGGCUGUGCACCAGGGACCAUGCUGAGGCGCCGGCACUGUUUGCCCACCAUCAGAAGACCAUCACCGUCGACGCCGGCGCAAGCUCCGGCGGGCGCCGGGAGAUAGUGAGCUUCGUUGGGGGAUUGGAUCUCUGCGAUGGGCGCUACGACGAUCAGCAUCAUUACCUGUUCAAGACUCUUGAUUCGAUUGAACAUGUGGAUGACUUCUACCAAUCGUGUAUUGCCGACGCUAAAUUGCAGAAAGGAGGUCCUCGAGAGCCAUGGCACGACGUACAUGCUCGUGUGACAGGUCCAGCGGCAUGGGAUAUCUUGGCUAAUUUUGAGCAAAGAUGGAGCAAACAAUGUGAUUCUUCACUGCUACUAGACAAAGGAAGUUUAAGCAAUCAACUACCAACAUUGGAUGAAGGUACUUCCUCUAGGACGGGUGACUGGAAAGUGCAGGUUUUCCGAUCGAUUGACCGUGCAUCGGUGAGUUUCUUGCCAGAAAACCUCCAUGCUGAGUGCAGCAUCCACGAGGCCUACGUUCAAGCCAUAAGGCACGCUGAGAGGUUCAUAUAUGUCGAGAAUCAGUAUUUUAUGGGGGGAUGCCAUCUUUGGGAGAGCGACACUGACUGCGGCUGCAAGAAUCUUAUACCAGUAGAGAUUGCCCUCAAGAUCGCAAGCAAGAUCAGAAACAAGGAGAGGUUCGGUGCGUAUAUAGUCGUACCAUUGUGGCCGGAAGGCCAUCCUGAAGGGGAAGUUGUUCAAGAGAUACUGCACUGGUCAAGACUGACAAUGGAGAUGAUGUAUAAGAUUAUUGGACAGGCGAUAAUGGAUGCUGGUUCUGAAGGUUUACAUCCAAAGGACUAUCUGAAUUUCUUUUGCCUUGCCAACCGAGAACUGGAGGGUGAAGGGGAGAACUAUAUCCCGCCUUCUUCGCCAAGCCCCUUUUCCGACUAUUGGAAUUCUCAGAAGAACAGAAGGUUCAUGAUCUACGUGCACUCCAAGCUCAUGAUAGUGGAUGAUGAGUACGUGCUGAUCGGCUCAGCAAACGUGAACCAAAGAUCCAUGGAUUUCCAAAGGGACACUGAGAUUGUAAUUGGCUGCCACCAGCCCAAACACAUCGGGCAUGGUAAGAACUACGGUGGCGUGCAUGAAUUCAGGAUGUCCUUAUGGUGGGAGCACACUAAGCGUACAGAAGAGGAAUUUGUGGAGCCACAUAGCUUAGAGUGCGUGAGGAAAAUGCGCGAGAUUGGAGAUCGCAUGUGGAGUAUAUUCAGCGGGGAGGCCAUGGAAGACAUGGGAGGAGUACAUCUAGUGAGCUAUCCCAUUACAGUUUCAGAAGAUGGUCGUGUGGAGGACGACGGAAGGACCUUCCCUGACACUACUGCUCAUGUCAGGGGAAGAAGAACAUUCCUGCCACCAAUUCUUACGACAUAAAUAGCCAACUCUUGUUCAUAUCUCGCUCCAAUUAGUUUGAGAGUUAACAAAUGGAAUCUUUUGAAGGUUCAUAAUUAUUGUAUAUAAUUAUAUAAAACCUCAAGAAACUGUGUGUCAUUCUUUGAUGAUUGAAUUCUUAGUGUAUGGCGUGGGAAUCCAGCCAAAGUUGUAAGUAGAACACAAG